AUGGGAAAUGCAUGUACAAACCCAUUGACCCAAGUCAUGUCAUCUGAGCCUGCCGGUGAUAGUAUUGGAACUGGUACUGGUACUGGUACUGGUACUGGUACUGCCGUUGCCAGCAGUGGCUAUGCAUGCACUCCCGAGUCUCCUCUCCUGUCGCUUGAUGAGUUGAUUUUAUUCCAAGGCAUUCUUCCCUUUGUUGGUGUUGGAGAGUACGCUUUUGUAGGACCAGUCAACAAAAAGAUGAAUCGACUGUACAAAGAGUAUGCAUACUGCGAAAUUGAACUCAAGAAGAAGCCAAGAAAGCAGCGUGCAGAGUACUGGCACAAGGACAAAUCCUACCAUAAGACACCUCGUCAUGAUGAUGUUUGUACUGCAAUUGCCACAGUUGGAAAUAUUACGGUUAUGCAGUGGGCACAACAAAAAGGAUACCCAUGGAAUGAAGAGACUUGUGCUGCAGCUGCUAAAAAUGGUCAUAUGAGAAUGCUCCAAUGGUUACGAGAGAAUGGUUGUCCAUGGAAUUUACAUGCAUGUAGAGAUGCUGCUCAAAAUGGUCAUUUGGAAAUCCUGAUUUGGUUAAGAGAGAAUGGUUAUCCAUGGAAUUUACAUGCAUGUAGAGAUGCUGCUCUAUUUGGACAUUUGGAAACUUUAAAGUGGGCUCAUGAAAACGGUUGUCCAUGGAAUGCACGAACAUGUGCUAAUGCUGCUAUGAAUGGACAUUUGGAAGUUUUGAAGUGGGCUCGUGAAAAUGGUUGUCCAUGGGAUGAAGGGACAUGUGCUGAUGCUGCUAUGAAUGGCCAUUUGGAAGUUUUGAAGUGGGCUCGAGCAAAUGGUUGCCCAUGGAAUGUAGGGACAUGCAUAUAUGCUGCUACAAGUGGCCAUUUGGAAGUGCUAAAGUGGGCCCGUGCCAAUGGUUGUCCAUGGAGUGCAUCAACAUAUCGAGCUGCCCAGAUAACUAACCAAAGUGAAGUGAUCGAGUGGCUACGCGACAAUGGCUGCCCUGGGUCUGGGGAUGAAGGACACUAGCUAGCUAGCUAGUAGACAUAAUAAAUACAUAUCAACAACAUUAGUUUUCUUAACGCCAGGCAUUCUUCUUAAUGCCGAGCAUCAGCUUGCAGUGCGAAGAUCCCUUCUUGCUACUAUCAUAGCUAGAUAGGUAGCUAUGA